AUGCCUCUCGAAGCCCGUGUGAAAUCUGUCCUGUCGGGCGACACCGUUGUCUUGUCGAACCUCGCCAAUGGACAGGAGCGCCUUCUUAGUCUUGCAUAUGUCUCGGCUCCUAGGUUAAAGAGAGAGGGCGAUGAGACCGACACCCAGCUCUCCCAUCACCCCAGUCUCUUCAAUCCCUGCUAUCACUACCUUCGCUCUGGAAGCAUCCUUGUCUACAUUGAAGAUGUGGUUGUGGAUUGUCGCUCACCCAUCUUCUCACAGCCUUACGGCUUCCACUCCCGGGAGUUUCUCCGCGAGGUCCUUGUCGGCAAAGUGAUCAAUUUCCAGAUCCUCUACACAAUCCCCACCGGUGCCAAACGCGAGUACGGCACAAUCAAGCUUCCAGGCUUCGACGCCUCCCUGCCCGAUAUUAGCGUGCAAGAAGGAUGGGCACGUGUCCGCGAAGAGGCCGGCAAGCGUGACGAAUCCGAGGAGACAGCAUCCUACCUCGAACGGCUCCGCGCUCUGGAGGACCAUGCCCGCACCGAGUCCAAGGGUCUGUGGGCUGGAGCAGAGAACGGUCGCACGGAGACCAGCUAUGAGCUGACCGAUGGCAGGGCUCUGGUUGACGAGUGGAAGGAGAAGCACCUCGAAGCCAUUGUCGAAAGAGUCUUGAACGGAGACCGGCUGGUCCUGCGUCUGCUCCUGUCCCCCGAGAAGCACCUGCAGACCGUUGUUGCGGUCGGCGGUGUGCGUGCCCCGGCUGCGAGACGAGUCAAUGCCGAGGGCAAGGAGCAGCCUGGUGAGCCGUUCGGAGAUGAGGCAUACCAGUUUGUCGAGUCAAGGCUCCUGCAGCGUAAGGUGCAGGUUUCGCUUCUUGGAGUGACCCCUCAGGGACAGCUGAUUGCCACCGUUCUUCACCCCAACGGCAACAUUGCCAAGUUCCUGCUGGAGGCUGGUCUUGCUCGCUGCUUCGAUCACCACUCUGCCUUGCUCGGCCCCGAGAUGGUCUCCUUCCGCCGCGCCGAGAAAGAAGCCAAGGACAACCGCAAAGGUCUGUUCACCGGAUUCGCCUCGAAAGGUCCUGCUGGCGGGGCCGCCGAGCUGGACUACAUUGUCUCCCGUGUGCUGAACGCAGACACUCUGUUCCUCCGCAACAAGGCUGGCGAGGAGAAGAAGAUCAGCCUGAGCAGUGUCCGACAGCCCAAGCCGUCUGAUCCCAAGCAGGCGCCCUUCCAGGCCGAUGCUAAGGAGUUUGUGCGCAAGAGGCUCAUUGGCAAGCACGUCAAGGUCACGAUUAAUGGCAAGAAGCCCGCAAACGAGGGUUAUGAGGAACGGGAUGUCGCAACCGUUGUGCAGGGUAACACCAACAUCGCCCUGGCGCUUGUGGAAGCCGGCUACGCCUCCGUCAUCCGCCAUCGCCAGGACGACGAUGAUCGCUCCCCCGAGUACGAUUCUCUGCUGCUCGCCGAGGCGGAAGCCCAGAAAGAUGGAAAGGGAAUGUGGUCUCCCAAGCCUCCCAAGCCAAAGCAAUACCAGGAUUACUCGGAGAAUGUGCAAAAGGCCAAGCUAGAGGUUUCCGUUCUUCAGCGCCAGAAGCGUGUUCCUGCCAUUGUGGAUUUCGUCAAGUCGGGAUCUCGCUUCACCGUCCUCGUGCCCCGUGAAAACGCCAAGUUGACCCUGGUUCUGGGCGGCAUCCGGGCCCCCCGAUCGGCCCGCAGCCCUGGAGAGGCCUCCGAACCCUUCGGCCAGGAGGCUCAUGAUCUGGCCAACCGACGAUGCAUGCAGCGUGAUGUUGAGAUUGACAUUCAGACCCACGACAAGGUCGGUGGUUUCAUUGGCACCCUCUACGUCAACAAGGAGGACUUCGCCAAGGUCCUUCUUGAAGAGGGUCUGGCUACCGUGCAUGCGUAUUCCGCCGAACAAUCGGGCCGCGCGAACGAGUACUUUGCUGCGGAGAAGAAGGCCAAGGACGCUCGGAAGGGCUUGUGGCACGAUUGGGAUCCCAGCAAGGAGGCUGCCGAAGCCGAAGUGGAGCCAGUCAAUGGUGCGGAGACUGAGGCUGUCGAACGCCGCAAAGACUAUCGGGAUGUGAUGGUCACCUAUGUCGACCCCACCUCGGCCCGCAUCAAGAUCCAGCAGAUUGGAACCGGCACCUCUGCUCUAACAGAGCUCAUGAGUGCCUUCCGUUCCUUCCACCUCAACAAGGCCAACGAUACCCCGCUGCCCGGCCCGCCCAAGGCAGGUGAGUACGUGGCGGCCAAGUUCAGUGAGGAUGGCGACUGGUACCGUGCGCGCGUUCGCCGCAACGACCGCGAAAAGCAGCAAGCAGAGGUUCUCUACAUCGACUACGGUAACUCCGAAGUUCUCCCCUGGUCUCGUCUCCGGCCUCUGAGCCAGCCCCAGUUCUCUGUUCAGAAGCUGCGGGCCCAGGCUGUGGACGCUGUUUUCUCGUUCCUGCAGUUCCCUGUCUCCGCCGAUUACCUCCAAGACGCCGUCAGCUUCAUUGGAGAGCUGACUUACGAUCGGACCCUGGUUGCCAACGUUGACUACGUCGCUGCUGAUGGACUCAUGCAUGUUACCCUGCUGGAUCCUUCGGUCUCGAAGAACCUGGACCAGAGCAUCAACGCCGAGAUUGUCCGGGAGGGUUUGGCCAUGGUUCCCCGGAAGCUGAAGGCCUGGGAACGUGCUGCCAGCGAUACUCUAUCGCACCUGCGCAGCGUGGAGGACCAGGCGAAGCAGGAGAGACGGGGUAUGUGGGAGUAUGGAGAUCUCACUGAGGACUAA